GGGAGGGGGAGGUGAGGGGAGGAACGGGUGGAGGAGAGGAAGGGGCGAGGGGGAGGGGAAGGGCGGGAAAGGCAAAGCAGGAAGUACAGGCGAGGAUGGGGAUGAGAGUGAGGAUGAAGAAACAGAGGAAGAGGAGGAGGAGACGAGGAGAGUGGUGAGAGGAAGAAGAGAGGCCCGAGGAGGAAGCGGUUGGGGGAAGAAGAGAGGGCCCGAGGAGGAAGCGGUUCGGGGGAAGAAGAAGGGAGGGGAGGAGGAGGAAGAGACAGGGAGUGACGAGGAGAGAGAAGAGAAGGGAGACGGGAAGAGAGGGAUGGGGAGAGAUGCUGAGGAUGAUGAGAGUGGGGGCCGGCAUGGGGAGGUGCGUGAAUCAGGAAGCGGAGAGCGAAGUGGAGAGCACGAGAGCAAUACUCGAAAUGGUUUUUCCUCUUAUGCUGCUGCUGCACAUGGCGACACUGCACAUGGCGACACUGCACAUGGCGACACUGCACAUGGCGACACUGCACAUGGCGACACUGCACAAGGGCAGAGGGAAGGCGAUCCGUCGUACGGCCAGGCACAGGAGCAGCAAGGCAGUGAGUUUGGCAGCGGCAGUGGCGUGGGGAGGGAGUCAGAGUUUGGCAGAGAGCAGGGGGAGGAAGGGACUGACUUGGGCAGUGCACAGGGGGGGUGCAAGGGCGACACACGGGCUCAGGCUGUAGCGGAUGGGUUCAGAGAGGCCGCAGGGAGAUUCGUGCCGAUGCUGCCUGUUGAACAGGUGAAGCGCGUGGAGGAAGCUGCCAGGAAGUUUGCCAAGGACGGAACUAUCAUCUUCGCUGCAGCGUCGUAUGUGUACCUGCCUCUCUUCCGCAACUGGGUCACCGCUCUCAACCGCAUUGGCCUGGGCAGCAACUUCCUGCUCUUUGCCCUCGACCAGGCCAUGCAUGUGGCAGUGGAAGACGCCUAUCCCGGCCAUGCCAUGUGGCUCGAAGUGGCAAAUUUGACCCAGCAGCCUGCACCGCGCCCCACCGCUUUCCACCACCUUGGCUCCCCGGAGUUCCUGCUGCUGGCCGCCCGCCGCCCCUUCUUCGUACAAGCACUGCUUAAGGCAGGAGUGAACGCCCUCUACAGUGACCUUGACACAGUGUGGCUGAAGAACCCCCUCCCCUCCUUCCCGCCUUCUCUCGACAUCACCUUUCAAGAUGACUCCCACCUCUUCUCCCAGGAGAAUCCUCCCCCCUCCCCCUCCCUUCCUCCUCCUCUCCCUCCUCUCCUUCCAUUCCUCUCUCGCCAUCCCUCUCCCGUGGUCGCAAAUCGCUCGAGCCUCCCCGUGCCUGGCAAUGUUCCGCCAAACCAAGGCCACCGAGGCUGUGGUGGAGGAUUGGGCGCGGAGAAUGGCAACAGUAGACUACACCUACCCCGUGCCUAG